AUGAUGUUUUGGAUUCUUUUAUUCUUUUUCAAUUCGGUCACUGCUGAAACUCCAAUGGAAAAGUUUAAAUCGUGUCAGAACGAGAAAUGUAUUCUAAUGCAAUGCUAUUUUCCUGUUUCUGAAUUUUUGAAUGCCACACGAAACGAAUUGAAAGUAUUUGAAAGUUUCAUUGAGUCAAACCAUGUAUUUGUUAGUUAUCAUCUGUGCGAGGAAUUGUCCGUGGAGAACAUCGAUGAAGUUGGUGCGUGCAUCUACAGUGUACUUUUCAAACUCUAUCAGUUUGAUGCGAAUUUGACUGUUCAACAACGAAUACAUGUUCAAGCAGCACAGAUACAGGAUGAAUCAAUAGCUGUGGUUUUCGAUAUGAUAUCGAGGAUUUUGUAUCGUAUCGAAUCUAUUAAUAAUUCGGAUGAAUUGAAAAGUUUUAUCGACAAAUCGAAGAGAGAAGAGGCCGUUGUUGUUAUCAAUGCUCAGUCGCUUACACCAAGGGAACAUCUGAAAGUCAGUCGGAUGAUAUUAAACUAUGGGCCAUGGUUUACUUUUGUUUAUUCCGUUGUGGUAAGUAAUGAAGACAAAGGCUGUAUGUAUCAGAUUUGUUCGUCAAAUAAUGAAGUGAUUUCGUUAAAAUGUGAACUGGAAAAUGAUAUUCGAAAACAAUUAGAACAAAUGAUUGAAACAGAAUCCGAAUCGAUUCAAUCCUAUUCUGAUUUGUCACAUGUGAACGCGUUUUCAAGAUCAUUGCCGACAUUAUUCUAUAUUCAUCGUAAUCCGAGAUUUACUCCAAUAUCCAAUAAACGUAUCAAAAUCAUUCCGGUCGACAUAUUCAAGUUUAAAUUGGUCGAUAUUCAAGAUCAUACGUUGUUAACGGCACCUUACCCAUUCUAUCUGUAUUGGUCUGUGAAGAAAAAUUCAUUACAACGUCUCGGUGAUCAACCAUCUGAUGAACUGAUCGACAUGUUACUUCACGAUGAAGAGGAGCAUAACAUCAGCAAUAUGUAUGGCAUGAUUGAUGAUGAAGUUCGAUACUUAGCUGAUAGUUUGAAUGAAAUAGAACUAAAUCCUAAAGUUCGAUUCCUAGAAACUGAAGAUGAUUACUAUCGUAUCCGACGAACUUUUCCAAAAGCUGCCAUUCUUUUCACAAUCAGAUGGGAUUCAACAUCGAAGUUAGCACGACGAACAUUUCAUCGUCUAGCAUGGCAUUUGCAUACGUAUUUACCUAUGAUAGAGAUCGAUUGCUUCGAUUGGACAGAUCUAUGCGACAAGGAGAAUAUUAUUCAGUGGCCAACAUUAAUUUUAGCGGAAAAUUUAACAGAAAGUAAAACGUAUCGAGGAAGUACCAAUGAACAAGAAAUGAAGUUAAAGUUAUUCCGAUUUGCUGUGAAUCAACCGUAUGAAAUCGUAGAUGAAUUGACCACAAUUAAUCUAUUGACUUCUCAGCGUGUCAUUGUUCUGGCUAUGAUACAACAUGAGAAGAAGUUUUUGUACGAUACUUAUAGAAAUCUAGUCGAUAUGUUUCGCGAUAACGAACAGAUCUUUUUUGUUUAUGAAUACACGACUGAAAGUUCAUCGUUGAUCAUCAAACAGACAUAUGGAGAUGUUGAGUCGUCGUUUGAGCCGAAAACAACGACUUAUCCGUUGAACGAAGAUCUAAAUCAUCUGCGAGUAUUAAUAGACAAUGCUCUACGAAUUCAACUGAUUCCGUUCAAUCCCGUUGAUUUCCUUCAAGUAACAUCAAGAACAUUUAUUGCCGCCAGUCGCUCUCAACUCUCUCGAUUGAAUAACUAUUUCAAGUCAGAAGUUUCGGUUGAUGAGAUUCCCUUCGUUUGGAUCGAUACCAACUCACCAUGGAUCCUUACUAUUAAUCAAUAUGGUGAUAUUGCCUACCCUGCAAUGAUUUAUAUUAAUUUCUCGACGGGGCAUGUCUACGUGAAUACGACACUGACGGAUAUUGAUGUUUGGAUUAAAACCGCAAGACUGGGAUUAGCAACACCUUUUUAUGAGUUACUCUCAAUGGAAACUAAUGACGGACCAACACAGGAAGCAAUUGAUUUCAUAAAUCAAAUGAAUGACGAUCAACUACUCGAAGAAUAUCGUUUCAUUCAUGAAGAAAGUGAAAAAAUCAACGAAAAUGGAUUAGGAUUCGAUACGAAUGGUUUACCUCUGGAACCGAAUACUUAG